AUGGCACGAACUUUCGAGACCAAUGGCACGAACUUUGCGGAUCGUGAGCUACAAUGCAGCUUUUGCUUGCUUAUGAACAACCCUUCCCUCAAAGAAAUCCUCGCGAAUGACGGUGUGAAGUGGCAUUUUGUGCCCCCGGCUGCACCACAUUUCGGCGGGCUUUGGGAGGCUGGCGUUAAAAGUUUUAAGCACCAUCUCAAGCGGGUGAUCGGUGCUCGUACUCUAUCUUGCUCAGAAUUCGUGACUAUUUUAUGUAAGAUAGAGGCGUGCCUCAACUCUCGACCGAUUUUGCCACUCAGCGACGAUCCGUCCGACUUUACCGCGUUGACGCCUGGUCAUUUCCUUAUCGGUCGACCGCUCACCAGCGUACCGGAGGAAUCAUUACUCGAAAUCAAUGCGAAUCGAUUGUCGCGAUGGCAACACGUGCAACUCAUGGUCGAACAGAUCUGGCGUUCUUGGUCGUCGGACUACUUACAUUCAUUGCAACAGCGCGUCAAAUGGACCGAAUCUCACGAUAAUCUCAAGGUUGACGAGUUAGUUUUACUAAAAAAACAACCUUCUUCCUCCUUCGAAGUGGAAACUUGCAGGGAUUCAACAAGUCCAUCCCGAACUUGA